AUGACAGCUGAACAGCCUUGUUAUGCAUUGGUUCAUGUUCCAAAUGAUUAUGAUCUGCCAUCAGAGGGUAAACUGAAACAAUUAAUUGAAAAAGGCGAUAUUAAAACAAAAACUGAUGCUUUAAAAAAACUUAUAUUUCUUAUUCAAAAUGGUGAAAAAAUUGGAAAUGGAAUGAUAAUGCAUGUCAUUAGAUUUUGCCUUCUUACAAAUGAUCAUUACCUCAAAAAGCUUCUUUUAGUUUUUUGGGAAAUUGUGCCAAAAACUGACAGUGAUGGAAAAUUAUUACAAGAAAUGAUUCUUGUUUGUGAUGCUUAUAGAAAAGAUCUUCAGCAUCCAAAUGAAUUUGUCAGAGGUUCAACAUUACGCUUUUUAUGUAAAUUAAAACAACCAGAAUUGUUGGAACCUUUGAUGCCUUCAAUAAGACAAUGUCUUGAACAUAGACAUAGUUAUGUAAGAAGAAAUGCUGUUUUAGCUAUAUUUAUAAUUUACAAAAACUUUGAUUUUCUUAUUCCUGAUGCACCAGAAGUAAUUGCAAACUUUUUGGAAACUGAACAAGAUUCAAGUUGUAAAAGAAAUGCUUUUAUGAUGCUUCUACAUGUUGAUCAACAAAAAGCUCUUGAUUUUUUGGCAGAUUGUAUUGAACAAGUUAAUUCAUUCAAUGAAAUUCUUCAACUUAUUAUUGUUGAAUUAAUUUACAAAGUUUGUCAUAACAAUCCUGGAGAGCGUUCUCGUUAUAUUCGUUGUGUUUAUAAUUUAUUACAAUCAUCAUCUCCAGCUGUUAGAUAUGAAGCUGCCGGAACAUUAAUUACUUUAUCAACAGCUCCAGGUGCUGUAAAAGCUGCUGCAGGUGCCUAUAUAGAUUUAAUUAUUAAAGAGAGUGAUAAUAAUGUAAAGAUUAUUGUUCUUGAUAAAUUAAUACAACUUCGUGAAAAUCUUUCUGAUGAUAGAGUAAUUCAAGAAAUGGUUAUGGAUAUACUUCGUGUACUAUCUGCACCUGACAACGAAGUUAGAAGCAAAACAUUAUACCUUGCUUUAGAUUUGGCUUCUUCAAGAAAUGUUCAUGAAAUGGUUAUGUUUUUAAAAAAAGAAAUUGAUAAGACAACAAAUGAUACUCAAGAUGAAACACAGGAAUAUAGACAAUUACUUGUUAGAACUCUUCAUUCUGCUACUAUUAAGUUUCCCAAUGUUGCUACACAAAUAAUUCCAGUUCUUAUGGCUUUUCUGUCUGAUGUUACUGAAGGUGCUGCUGCUGAUGUAUUAGUAUUUAUUCGUGAAGCAGUUCAACGUCUUCCUGAUUUAAGACAAUCUAUUAUUAAUCAUUUACUUGAAGUUUUUAGUGAUAUAAAAAAUCCUUCAGUCUACCGUAGUGCUUUGUGGAUUUUAGGAGAAUAUUGUCAAACAUCAGAAUCUUUAGUUCAUUUAUUAAAACUAGUUAAGAAAUCUUUAGGUGAUUUACCAAUUGUUAAUGAAGAUGAAGAUGAAACUGAAUUAAAAGAAAAUUGCAAUGAAGAAAAAAGUGAAAGAAGAAAACAAAAUAGUUCAUUAAUAUCUGCCGAUGGAACUUAUGCUGCUCAGUCAGCAUUCAUCAAUUCAUCUGUUCCAACAGAACAGGAUAAUAAACCUGUAUUAAGAAAGGCUUUAAUUGAUGGAGAUUUCUUCCUUGCAGCUUCUCUAGCUAAUACAAUGACUAAGGUUGUUCUUAGAUUUGCACAAGAAAAUGAAUCACAACCAGAACGAAUUAAUCGAGUAGCUGGUGAAGUUUUAUUUAUUUUUGCUUGCAUUAUUCAUGCAGGAAAAUCAAAACUUGUUAAACAUAGUAUUACAGAAGAUGAUCUUGAUAGAUUAUCUGCUUCUAUCAAAGUUAUUAAUAAUCGUUGGCCAGAUGCAUUUAAUAUCUAUCUUGGAUGUUGCCGUGAGUCAUUGGAGCUCAUGUUGCAAGCUAAAGGUGACGUUGACAGACAUGAAGAAGUUAAAUUGCCAAAAAAUAAAAAAGUUAAUGAAGUAGAAGUAGAUAAGACAAUUGUUUUUACGCAAUUAAAUGCCGGAUCUGCUGAUGGUGAUGCCGGAACUAAUCUAAUAGAUUUAUCUUUAUCACAAGCUUUAGGUACAGCACCUAAAACCACGAAGUUUAACUUGGCUUCAUCAAAACUUGGAAAAGUAAUUCAACUUGCUGGUUUCUCAGAUCCUGUUUAUGCUGAAGCUUUUGUUAAUGUUAAUCAAUAUGUUAUUGUACUUGAUGUAUUAGUUGUUAAUAGAACUGGUGAUACACUCCAAAAUUUAACUUUAGAAUUAUCAACAGUUGGUGAUCUCAAGUUAGUUGAUAAACCGACACCUUUAAAUCUUGGUCCACAUGAUUUUACUAACAUUAAAGCAACUGUCAAAGUUACAAGUACAGAAAAUGGAGUCAUAUUUUCAACUCUUUCUUAUGACAUAAGAAGUUCAACUUCUGAUCGUAAUUGUAUCUAUCUUCAAGAUAUUCAUAUUGAUAUUAUGGAUUACAUCGAACCAGGUAAUUUAACCGAUACAGAAUUUAGAAAAAAAUGGGCAGAAUUUGAAUGGGAAAACAAAGUUGCUGUUCAAACACCAAUUACUGAUUUACGUGAUUAUUUGGCACAUCUUGCUGCAAGUACAAAUAUGAAGUGCCUUACUACAGAUGGAGCACUUGCUGGAGAAUGUAAUUUCUUGGCAGCAAAUUUCUGUUGUCACUCUAUCUUUGGUGAAAAUGCCUUGGCAAAUGUAUCAAUUGAAAAGACUGAUGUAAAUGUUCCAAAUAGUCCAAUUAUUGGUCAAAUUAAAAUUAGGGCAAAAAGUCAAGGUAUGGCAUUAUCAAUGGGAGAUAAGAUGAAUGCAGCACAAAAACAAAAAUUCUAG